AUGGCUCUUGAAACAAAGGACGUGCCUCGACUUGAACUGGAGGCAAUUAUUGGAUUCAACGGUCAUGUUAUCUCUGGCCUGAAAGUCUACCCAGACAGAGAGCACCUGGUCUACCCUCUAGGAUCCACUGUCAUUGUCAAGAGAAUUACAGACGGAAAGCAGGAGUUCCUGCACGGACACACAAACAAUGUGUCCUGUCUCUCAGUGUCCAGAAGUGGUUUAUACGUCGCCUCUGGACAGGUCAACUUCAUGGCCUUUAAGGCUAUGGUUAUUAUAUGGGACUUUGCUCAGAGAUCAGUCCACGCUCAGCUGCUGCUGCACAAGGCCAAAGUAGAGGCACUGGCUUUCUCUCCUAAUGACAAGUACCUGGUGUCCCUGGGGGGUCAGGAUGACGGCAGCAUCGUCGUAUGGAAUAUAGAAACCAAGCAGGCCAUCUGUGGGAGUCCGGCUUCAGCUCACAGCACUGGUCACUGCCUCACUCUGCAGUACUCAAACACAAAUGACAACGUCUUCGUUUCUGCCGGGAGCGGCACAUUGCGAGUCUGGGAGUUGGAUGUUGCUAACAGGAAGAUUAGACCAACAGACUGUCAGACUGGGAAGUUGAAGAGGACGGUGAAAUGUGUAGAGAUCACAGACGACGACCAGUUCAUUUACUGUGGCACCACCAGUGGAGACAUCAUGAAAAUCAACCUGAAAACAAAACUUCUGUGUGACUGUGGUCCAGUCAAAACAAAGUACAGCCUGGGUGUAAACGUCCUGAGGAUCCUUAAAUCUGGAGACCUGCUUGUGGGCUCUGGCUGUGGAAUCUUCACACUGUGUUCGAGGAAUAACUUCAAAACACUCAAGACAUGUAAGCUGGAGAAGGGAGUGACGUCCAUUGCUUUGAGAGGAGAAGACCAGCAGAUCUUUGUUGGCACGGAGGCUUCUCAGAUGUACAGCAUCACCUUCAGGGACUUGAAAGCUGAGCUCAUCUCCACCGGCCACAGCUGUGCUGUCAAUGACGUAGUCAUCCCUUUUGGAACAUCAGAGUUAUUUGCGACCUGCUCCGGGGAGGACAUCAGGCUGUGGCACAUCGACAAACCCAAAGAGCUGCUGCGCAUCACUGUCCCCAACAUGACCUGCAAUUCCCUGGACCUAAUGGCAGAUGGACACAGCAUCAUUAGUGCCUGGAAUGACGGCAUUAUUCGAGUCUUUGCGCCAGAAAGUGGGCGUCUCAUGAUCAGCAUUAAUAAUGCACACAGAAUGGGCGUCACAGCCAUCGCUGGCACCAGGGACUCCAAGAGGAUGGUCAGUGGAGGAGGAGACGGACAGGUUUGUGUGUGGAGGCUGCUUCCACAGGGACAUCAGCUGCUGGAGACUAUGAAACAGCACAAAGCCACCGUGGCCUGCAUCAAAAUCAAGAGCGAUGACAAGGAGUGUGUCACCGCCAGCUCUGGUGCCUGCAUCAUUUGGGACCUUGUGAGAUUUGUGAGUCUUCAAACAGUCAUUGCUAACACACUGUUCAGGACAGUGUGUUAUCACCCAGAGGAAUACCAGAUUAUUACCAGUGGGACAAACAGAAAGGUCGCCUACUGGGACGUGUUUGAUGGUUCCACCAUCAGGGAACUGGAGGCCUCACAGUCUGGAGCCAUCAACGACAUGCACAUCUCACAGGACGGCAAACAUUUUGUGACAGGUGGAGAUGACAAGCUGGUGAAAGUGUGGGAUUACAUGGAAGGUGCUGUAACCCACGUAGGAAUAGCUCACGGUGGCAUCAUUACCAGUGUGAGGAUCUGCUCCAAUAACCGCACAUUAAUCAGCACCAGUGCAGAUGGAGCCAUUCUCCGCUGGAGGUUCCCACAUCCUCCUUCAUCCUAAUUAGACGCACAUUAUCUGGACUUUUUCUUUCUUUCCUCCCUGCUUUGACAUGUGAACUGUAACUCAACAGACUGACCGAGGCAAAUAAAUGACAAUAUGAAGACAGAGCCGAACACAUGGGAUUUCAUUCAUAUAUAUAUGCCUUCACAUGGUACUCAAACUCAAGAUUCUGACAUCUUUAUCUUAAUCAAUCAGCAGUCAUCCCCACGAGGAUUCAAUCUGACAAAGGAGACAGUAGUAGAACACUGUAAGCCUCUCUUGUACAGUCUCUCAACUCUCCUCACUAUCUGUGGCGAAUCUAAAUAAUUAACAGCUCUCACUGCUCCCCUUAAAAAAAAAAGUUACAAACCAAACUAACAUUAUUAACCCAGUCAGCAGAAAACAUCCCUGAAUCAGUGAAAUGAAGCUUCUCUGUGUUUCCACCUUAGGAGCAAAUAUCUCCAGUAUGCAGGGAAAUGAAAGCAUUUCUAUAUGGUAUAGAGCUACAGAAUGCGGUGCCUCUGGUCUCCCCUUCAGACUAUCAGCACAUCCUCACCUCACGUGCCACACAAAAAUUCAAUCUUUACUUCUGGUGAACUGUGAAAUUAGGCUUCCUGUUAUUGUAAUCUGAAUACAGCACACUAAAGAUGCUGCAAAGAUAUGAGGGUUACAUCGUCACUCUGUGAAGCUUUUAGAUGAAGUGACGUUAAUGUGCCUGGAAAGAGGAACAGCUUUUUAUAUGAUCAUCCAUAACAUUUAGUAUUUAGUGACAUGUUUUGUGAACUUUCUUUUUCUAGUAUUUUUUUUAUUCACACUAUAAAAUUCACACUAUAAAAUUAUACUUAUGUACUUAUUUCUUUAAACAUUAUUUGCUAAACAAAAAAACACUUGGCUCCCUGGCCACAGUGAGGACUUAUAGUGAAGUGAAGUAUCUCAGUAUCUGUUGGAUAUUGUGAUAACUUAUAUACAUAAAAUGGAACAAACUUAAAAUUCGAUGUAGAAGAUGUAGUACCACCCCCUGUUUUGCUUCAAAGUUGGUUUGAGUUUGGUUGUGGAGACUCUAAGGACUGAUUUGAGGACUUCAUCUUUAAACUGGGAUC